AUCAAAUUUUCAUUUUUGGGUGAACUAUCUCUUUAAGUUACAAUAACGCACACACACACACACUCUCACACGCACACACAAAUGCACACACGCUCGCACGCAGUAAAUGUUAAAAUGGUGAAUUUUUUAUUAUGCGCUUUUGUGUUUUGCUUCCCUCCGCCAUUUUCGUAAUGUUGCCAAGUCUGUGGUUUUCCAGCAGAAUUGGGCUACUUUAACACUCUUGCCGCAGGUUGUUUUUUAUGUCCGUGGGUUGAAGCGACCCCAAAUAACAUGAUAUUUAGCCCCUGGAGUGCAAAUUUUACCAGGGGGACCCCAGCAAAAACGCAUUUUUUUUUUACCGGUGGGACCCCCCUCCCCCGAAACACAAUUGGGUUAGUUUUGAGUAGCAGUUGGCCAGCGCUGCUGUUUGUUCUGUUUGGAGCAAAUACAGAAUGUCUAUGAAAUUUACUUGUUUAUUGAACUGGUGUAUUAAAUCAAUGCCACAUUUGCGCUCUUGCAGAUGUUAAGAAAAUUAGCACUCUUGCUUGUGUGAUAACUCAUAUAUCAUAGACCUGUUAUAAAUAUAAAUAACUGGAACUCAUUUAAUGGAUUUAUUUUUACUCAUUUUGAUGACAUUUCUGCCCUGCUAUAGUGUGAUGGCAGUGAGACAGGAGGGAACCAAAUUAUCAUUCUCUGUAAAGAAAUGAGGCGUGAACAUAUGAGACACAAAAAAGAACUGUCUAGAUGCAGCUCUCUGCAUGCACUUUGGUAUAUGCACAGAGUAAAACGAAUCAUUUAAAAUCGAUUGGAUGCUUAAACUGGGAAAAAAAAUAUGCAAACCCAACCAAAAUUUUAAACCAACGGUUGUGUUUGUCCGUAUUUCACCCAACCCAGCAGUUUCAAAGUACAGUAGCUUCUGACUGGAACUAAAUGAUCUCUUUAUAUUAAGGUUAAUUAACACACAGUUCCCCCCAAGUGACUCAGAUUACUCAACACAAUAGCCACCAUAUGCAACAAGCCAUCUAGCAUUGCACAUGGUUAGUGUCCUGACAGGCUUGAAAACGUGCUAAUGUUACUCAGCUUCGCAAUGUUCUGUGCCACCUUGAAAGCAUUUUAACAGGGUUUAGCAACCGGAGGGAAAACACACACGCGUCAAGGUGACCUCCUCCAAGUGCCAUGGGAAGACCCUUGCCUUCGCCACAUCCAGUGUCCCUAUCAUAAGUUUAUUUUGCUUGUGGGCUGUUCUCACUGUUCUCAGUAAUGCAGAUGGUCUCACCGGACGGAGCUCAAACACCUCCAGGUGCCCUUUUGCUGCCCUCCACCAGGGUUUGUUGCUUCAAAUAAAGCGUGACGCACUCAGGCACUUCUAGAUCUCGGAAAGCUGCCACUCAAACGAAGCCAUCUUAAAGGUUUUAAUGCUCAAGCUGAGUUGUGUGAGGGUGUUGAAGUGCAUUUCAAACACCCACAUCUAAGGCUGGCUGAGGCCAUUAGGAGCAGAGACAGCACUGCAAUGUGUGUAUUGUCAUCUUGGAUGUUUUUAGAGAAGGUGCCAAAUCCUUUGGAGUCAGCAUUCCAAGGACAGAUAGGAAGAGAACAGGGAUGAAGGGCCUCUCACAUUUAUAGUCCAGUGCAUGUCUAACUCCUUCACCAAUAAAAAUACUUAGCUGUUAUUUUGAGCAGCUGCAGUGAAUCCACCAAUCUCCUGCUAAGGGGUCUCCGGAGGUAAACAGAUGAAAAAACUGAAAACUGAAAACAGGACAAAAGAUAAAAGGAUUACGCAUUAAGAGGGUCACAUGUCUGCUAAAAUUAUACAAUUCCAGAUGUUGGUCUUUGCUUGAGUAUUCAAGCCCUCGUGGACAUGGGGAGCUUUCGUUGAGGGACUGAGUUGUGAAGUCAAGCAAAACCACACAUCAUCUCUUCUGUCACUGGAGCAAUGUGUAUGGAGAACCUGAUGACUACCGGCUGGCAACAGUAGAAGACAAAAGAACGAUCCAGUGGCGAGAAGAGGGACGAUCUGGUUGGGAUCUUGGAAUCCGAUGCUGCAGCAAGGAGCAUCUGCAAGCUUAAUUGGGCGACUCAACCCAAGCAGCUGUGCACAGCCCACACGCCGAAGCUGAGAGGGACAGCCGAAACCGAGGACAGACGAGUACAACGGGCUGACAGGGCUGCUGAUGUGGACCUACAACCUGUCAAGUUCUAGCCCUGGGUGUGAGGUGCAGUGAUUCAGCCCCUGUAAGGUAGGGAAGGGGCAUGGCGGGUUGUCCAUGCCUGAGCUUACCGGGGCUGCUUGUGCUCCUAAUCGCUGCAUCCAUAACACAUGGUCAGAGCUGCCCACAGCGCUGUGACUGUAUCUCGUAUCAGAGAGCUGUGAUGUGCCAGAACAAGCGCCUGGGAUCUAUUCCUGCAGGCAUCCCGGCUGACACACGGCUGCUGGAUCUGAGCUGCAACAGUUUGCGCUGGGUGGAAUACAAUGAAUUGUCGACUCUCUCGAGACUUGAGGAGCUAGACUUGAGUGAGAAUCUCAUCAGUGUAUUGGAGCCUAACGCCUUCUCCAGCUUGCUUAAUCUUAGAGUGUUGCGUCUUCGAGCCAACCAGCUUAAACUCGUGCCCAUGGGUGCCUUUUCUCGUCUCAGCAACCUCACCACCCUGGACCUAAGUGGGAAUAAACUGGUCAUCUUAUUAGACUUCACCUUCCAGGAUUUGAGGAACCUCCGCAACUUGGAAGUUGGUGAUAAUGACCUGGUGUACAUUUCAAACAAGGCUUUCCUGGGAUUGGUGGGACUCCGGGAGCUAACCAUCGAGAGGUGCAAUCUGACUUCUAUAACUGGACAGUCUCUUUCCUACCUUCGAGGCUUGGUGACUCUUCGAUUACGCUACCUCAGUAUCGCUUCAUUGGAAGAGCAGAACUUCCGCAAACUAGGUGGACUGCGGGGACUUGAGAUUGACCAUUGGCCCUUCCUUGAGUAUAUUUCUCCGCACAGCUUCCAAGGCCUCAACCUUUCUUGGCUCUCGAUUACCAACACCAACAUUUCCACCGUGCCUACGGGUGCUCUUCGCAACCUAAUUCACUUGGCUAGCCUCAAUUUGUCUUACAACCCCAUCUCGGUUCUCGAGUCCUGGGCCUUACGGGACCUUGUCCGUUUGAAAGAACUGCACCUAGUUGGUACCAACCUGAUAUCAGUGCAGCCCUAUGGUCUUGGAGGCCUGCAACAGAUACGACUGCUCAACUUGUCAAACAAUGGGUUGGUGACCUUGGAGGAGGGAUCCUUCCACUCGGUCAAUACGCUGGAGACACUGCGUGUAGAUGGCAACCCUUUGUCCUGUGACUGCCGCCUACUGUGGAUCCUGCAGCGCCGUAAGACCCUCAACUUCAACGGAAAGUCGCCCGUUUGCGCCACACCCUUGGAAGUGCGAGGAAAAGCACUUAGUACCUUUUCGGACUCUGCGCUCUUUGACCACUUCACCUGUCAGAGGCCCAAAAUUCGUAACCGCAAGCUGCAACAACUGACGGCACGUGAAGGCCAGGUAGUGUCGUUUAUAUGUAGAGCGGAAGGAGACCCAACUCCGGUCAUCUUUUGGAUUUCACCUCAACGCCGACGUAUCACCACCAAGAGUACUGGGAGAGUCAUUGUCCUGCCUGAAGGUACGUUGGAGAUCCGUUAUGCCCAAGUAACAGACAGCGGCACUUACAUCUGCAUAGCAAGCAAUGCUGGUGGCAACGAUACCUACUUUGCCACCCUCACAGUCAGUGGAUUGCCACUGGAUGGUGCUUUGGCAGCGAAUCGCACCUACUACGUGGGUGAUCUUAAUGACACUAACUUAAACGACACACGUGUCUUCCUGAAGUUCACAUUGGACCUCAAGACCAUCCUGGUGUCCACAGCAAUGGGUUGUAUUAUGUUUUUGGGUGUCGUGCUUUUCUGUUUCAUUCUCUUGUUUGUGUGGAGCCGAGGACGAGGACAACACAAGAACAAUUUCUCAGUAGAGUAUUCAUUCAGAAAGGUAGAUGGACCUGCUGCCAGCGGGGGUCAAGGAGGAGCACGAAAGUUUAACAUGAAGAUGAUAUAAAAUGGACUCACAGUUUAAAGGGGUAAAGCACACUAUAUUGUUAUUUUGAAUACCAGUCCUGCAUAUAGCUAUAGGUCCAGAUUUUAAGACACAGAGGGAGUAAUGUAGUUACUGAGAGGUACAUUCCAUCAGCAGUUAUUUAUAAUUUAACCUUACUUUUGGUGUCUUGGGACAUUUUACACAUCUACAUCUGCAGGGCUGGCUGGCAUUAGGUACCCAUUUGAACUUUCUCAUGUGAGAAGGCCAAGCUUGUAGUGAUGCAUAAUGACUAUUAAAAAAAUAUUACCCUGUAAUUUCCUAUGGAAUAAAAAGAAAUUUCAAGUAUACUGUUAAUAUUUUGGAGGUCAUUGUGGGAUUUAGUCAUUUUUAAUUUAGUUAUAGUUAUAAUUAUUAAAUGGGUGCUUUCUGCUUGCCAAGAAAUUGCCAAUUCCCUCAAAAGUUAAUAAAGGUACAUUAUUGCAUUUUGCCUAAGCAAUUCAAAUUAAGUGCCCAAUGGUUUGUAGGCAUGGGCAUACAUUUCACACUGCCAAUUAAACAAGGAUUUGUUGUUGGAUUAGCUUCAAAUCUGAACCUGUUAACCACUGGGUUGCUAGAAGACUGUUUAAAGAAUUAAAACUUUAAUUAUAUCUUACUUAAAAAGUUGAUUUUAUUUGCUCUGGAUAAUGAGGCCUGAUAAUGAGUGCUCCUAUAUUACACUGCCACCUACUUCUGAGUCAUGCCUGCAUAAAGUAAACGCACACACACAUACAAAGGUACUGUAGUAACAACAUCAAAAGCACAUUGUCUUUAUAAAGCAUUACAUAUUUAUCAGCUAAACACCAAUAGCCCCAGUAUUUACAUUGGGUUGAAGACAUUUUGUAUCUUAUUGUAUAUAUGGCUGUUUUGUGUGUACAUUUUGGUGCCCUGUUUUAAUUAAUGUUAAAUUAAUGUGAAAUACUUUUAUUCAAUAUAACAUGUUCUUAAAUUAAUCAAAGAUGAUGUGUGAAAACUCUUAAAAGGUUACUGCUUUAAAAAAAAAAAAAAAAUCUGAGCAUUUUAUUACUGGUGACCAUAUACCUUAUGUCUUUAUGCCUCUUCUAUGUAAAGUGUGUAAAAGGGAAUGUCUCCUCAUGAAUUGUUUCAUGUUCAUUUGCAUGAGUAUACAAGUACAAAGCAGGAAACCGAAUACAAAGAUAGCUUUUUGUGCACAAGUCACUGAUCCUUUGAUUUGUUAUGGAGUUCUUUUGCUUAUAUUGUCUGUUUAUAAAUGAGGCGUUGGACACUAAAUUUUCCCUGCUCAAGUGCUGCCGCUUAAAAUGAAACAGGAAGGCACUUUACAAAGCUGUUCUGCUGCCCCCUAAUGUUAAAAUAUGACAUAUAUGUUUAAAGAACACAGGGUAUCAGGCUCAACCUUACUGCCUUCUAUUGGUCAAUCUCUAUUUAACACAAAGUUUAAAUUCAUUAGAUUAUCAGCUCUGUUUGAGCAGAUCAAAUGCUCCCUUGAUGUCUUAUUUUAAGCAGCAUUGUAUGUACAUUGCAAACUGCCAUCAUUUGUCAUCAACUACUGUAAAUCAAACGAUAAUUAAACAAAGCUUUUUGAUAUUUUUGUAAAAAGAAAAAAAGUCAUUUUACAGUUUUAUUUAAUGAAAAAAAAGGGGAUCCACAACAUUUUUAUGUUCUAGAUAGUUUUAUUCUUAAAUAUGUUAAGAAUAUUGUUCUUAUAUUGUACUACUGACAAAUAUGCUGUUUAUAAAAGCAUGUAUCUAA